AUGUCCCCCUUCACAGUCACCUCAAUCGACCACAUCGUCCUAACCUGCACCUCCAUCCCCAAAACCCUAGAAUUCUACACCACCCAUCUCGGCAUGAAACACGAGACCUUCCUUAGCAACGACGGCAUCGAACGACACGCUUUAACCUUUGGGUCCCAAAAACUAAAUCUCCAUCAAUCGGGGGCUGAGUUUGAACCCAAAGCUGCAAGAGUCCAGCCUGGGAGUGAGGAUUUGUGUUUUAUUACGCAACAUCCGAUUGCAGAGGUGCGGGAGGAGUGGGCGAAGAAUGGGAUUGAGGUGCUGGAGGAUGGGGAGAUAGUGGAGAGGACGGGGGCGGUGGGGAGGUUGAGGAGUGUUUAUUGUAGGGAUCCGGAUGGGAAUUUGGUGGAGGUAUCGAACUACGUCUAG